GCAGCUUCCCAGGCUGCAGCUGAUUGUUAGGACCAUAAUUUAUGGGUCUUGCAGCAGCUAGUUAGAAUCCCAGAAGUACAAGACAGAGCAUCGUUCAUUAACAAGAGUAACAUAUACAACAGUGUGACACGGAUUAAACGUGGGCAUUUUUUUUUUUAAGUAAGGCAGCUGGUAAUCUGUGGAGGGAGCAAUAUUUGCGUAAUCGUGAGAAAAAUCGCAACACGAGAAGUGAGUUCCUCAGGUGACUCGUUCGAGGUGGGAGGCAGCAUCACUCAGGAGAGUGUGCGCUAGUGCGCGCGCGGCGGCCAGCAGCAGGCGCCGGAGGAGCAACCUUGAGCUCAGUGAGAGAGCAGGUGAAUGGUAGUGUCUAAGGACAAGAUGAGAUACGAGGAUCCCUUCGAUGUUGACGCCUUCAUCAACAACCUUCUCAUUCUCAAAAAGUACCCUGGAAAGAACAUCCGCAUGGAUGAGGGUAAGAUCCGGGCGCUGGUGUCGGCGGCCCGCCAGGUGCUCCUGGAACAGCCGACGCUGGUGGAGCUCGAAGCUCCGGUCAACAUCGUCGGAGAUAUCCACGGCCAGUUCAAUGAUCUGCUACGACACUUCGACAAACUGGGUUACCCUCCACACCAGAACUACCUCUUCCUUGGAGACUACGUCGACAGAGGGAAGCAGUCGCUAGAGACUAUAUGUUUAGUACUAGCCUACAAAGUGAAAUAUCCCAACAAUUUUUUCAUCUUACGAGGAAACCAUGAGUGUGCGUCUAUAAACAGAAUAUAUGGGUUUUAUGACGAGUGCAAAAGAAGAUACAACGUAAAGUUAUGGAAAACCUUCACUGAUCUUUUCAACUGUCUUCCACUUGCUGCCCUUAUCGAAGGCACCAUCUUGUGCAUGCAUGGAGGACUCUCACCAGACCUACAAAAUCUUGAGCAGUUACGGGCAAUAGAGCGUCCACUGAACGUCCCUGACUCAGGCUUGACCUGUGACAUCCUCUGGGCUGAUCCUGACGAGGAAGGCCGUGGUUGGUCCCCCAAUGACCGUGGUGUCUCCUGGACUUUCGGAGGCGAUGUGUUGAAGGCUUUCCUAGAGCACCAUGAUCUUAGCCUCAUUGUUCGGGCUCAUCAGGUUGUGGAAGAUGGCUACCAAUUUUUCCAAAAGCGAUCGCUGGUGACACUUUUCAGUGCAGCUAACUACUGUGGAGAGUUUGACAACGCUGGAGCAGUAAUGGGAGUCAGUGAAGACCUCACCUGCUGGUUCAACAUUCUCCCACCUGACCGUCGAAGAUCAUACAUCAAGAAAUGAAUUCCAACUUGCCCAGAGCCAGGGAUAAUUAUUGAUGUCUGUCGUCGUGCCGAGUGACACUGGACAGCAGUGAACCAAACAGUACGAUUUUUACUCACAUAUGAAGAGGACCUACGAGCAGAUUGACUUUUCUUCUGAACUUCAUCAAACUUAAUCUUGUUUGCACUUACCCUUGUGACUAUGUCAGAGCGUUACUCCUGCUAUACGUAGGGCCUUGUAGUAUUGCUGCUGAAAGAUUACCCCCUGCGCAUGGCUGUUAUGAAAACACCAUGUGCCCCAUACCUAAGCCAUCAUAUGUGCUUAUCUUGCACAAAAUCUUCAAUUUUCUGUGAGACCAUUAGCUCAGAUUUUGAAGAAAAUGUAAGAUACUUUUUUCAGUAGUUACAUAAUGUAAUGUAUCUUCGCCCUACUCAUUCUGUGAGAAGAAUACAAGACGUACUGUAAUUACCAGUUAUCAAAAGAAUGGCCAGUAAGAAGUAUUAUAGAAAUUUAUUUAUAUACUAUUAUUAUAUUGGCGAUUAUGAGCCAAACCCGUAUAGGACAGAGCCAAAAUUUAUUGAUUCAAUAGGAUCAUGAUACGUAAUGUGCUCUAGGAUUGAAAGAAGAGGAUAUUAAUACUUUAUUUUUAUAUUUAAAAUCAAAACUACUACAGGUGAAGGCUAGUGGCAUCAGAUGUAGCAUUGAAACACUGUAGUUGUUACAUGUACAAUAAUUCUGCGUAUUUACCAGUGUACAAAGUACUACAAGUGGUGGCAAGGCACUACAUGCAACUGCAUAGUUAUAUUGUACUGUGAGGGAAGAUUAUAAAAGUUACUCCCAAUAUGUGAAUAUAAUUGUAAUAUUGUUUUGUAUAUUUCAUGUUACAUGUCUUAAUUAUGUUUAUUUAAUUUUUAAUGUGACAAUUUUUAUAUAUACUGCAUGUGUAUAUGAAAGAAAACAGAUGAGUACUAUAUAAGAAAGAUAAAGAACAAGGAAACUUUUACAUGUAUUGGUAGAGCCUAUUGAAGGAGAUAUACUGCAAAUUAUCAUUGUAAAUUAUUUAUUUGAAUUUGAUUAAUAUGCAUUUAUUUUUUGGCCUCAAUUUAUGUACCAUCACUGACGAUGCUUUAUACUGCCAAUAAUAGUAUUAAGGAGCGCGUCUUGCCUGACUUUGACUUAUUGGGAAGGUAAUUAGCCAUCAGUGAGCUACGUAAUCUUCAAAGCUGGAAACCACUACUUUUGUUAGUCUUGUGAGAAGCAUAAACACACAGUAAUGUGAUAAAAAGGGAUUUAUAUCAUAUUAAACCGUUAAUAGAUGUGAGGUAAGCGUGGGAGUAUGUAUAUUUGUCCUCUUAUAGCCUGUUUGCCAGCUGCUGUAACAUCACACUGUAGCAAAAAUAUAAAAAAAAAAGUAGCAAAGUGUAAUGGAUGUAUAGCUUUUGGUGUAGUAACAGACUGUAGUAGAGAACUGAAAUUGUUUGUAGCUUCUCUGUGGCCCCUUGAUCUUUCACCGUCAUGACACACUUAUCACUGACCUACAAGAAUGGCCUUUAACAUAACUUUUUUUGUGGUGGAUGUUCCACUAAUGCACAAUGGAACAUUAAAUUAUAAAGUGGAGAUCAAAAGUUAAGGGAAUAUGAUGUACAGUUAUUGCAUGUAUUUACGUGCUUAUAUAGAAAUGCUCAAUUUUUUCCUCGUUUGCUGAGCUUUAAUGAAGAAUAAAUACCAGAGGUCUAAAAAUUCCUUUAACUUUGGUGUUCCAUUAGCUCUCAUAAGAACAGCGAAGGUUAGAAUAAAAGGUGAAUCAAUACUUUGGCAAAGUGCUCCUCCAAAAUUGGAACACGAGGUGAAUUCAUGUUUCGUAAGCAGGCAAAAUGCAGCUCCCAAAGACAAGAGAAUCUCACUGUCAUAGAGUAGAUUUUGAACAUCUGUACAAUGCACUUUGUAGUUGCUGAACACAAUAAAAGUACGGCUUUUUUAA